AUUAUGAUGGAAGAAAGUUUUGAAGAACAAAAUAUUGAACAAACCGACAUUGCGUUUGAUGACGAUGAAGAUGAAGGCGAUCUCGAUAUGAGCGGCAUGAGGCAAGAAGCGUGGAUUGCAAAGUUACCUUUAUUUCUCUUUGAAAAAUGGGCCGACUUAAAUGAAGACGAUAUUGAACUUGCAAAGGUUCAAGUUUACUCCGAUCCAUAUGGUGGUCCUGAUCAGUACAAACUUAUCUUAUCUGAACACGAACGACAUGCUGAUAUACCCAAAGAAUAUGAACUUGAUGUUAUAGGACAGCAA